CUGUAGUGGGGGAAGACUGAUCGUGACCGUCAGUCAGCAGCGGGCUGUAAACAUGGCGGCGUGCACAGCUACAGGGCUGUGCCCCAAACAUCUUCGCUACUAGCGAACACGGAGACACCCCAAUCAUGGAGACCGAAGAGGAGCAGCACAUCACCACGCUCCUCUGCAUGGGCUUCCCGGACCCCGACGUGAUAAGGAAAGCGCUCCGCUUGGCCAAGAACGACAUCAACGAGGCGGUCGCGCUCCUGACCAACGAAAGCCCGGGGCUCGGCUACGGAUAUGAGCCCAUGGAGAGCGGGCCUGCCCCCGCCUUGAGUACGAGCGGCGACGGGGAGACGAGCGGGAGAACCGGCACCAGUGGCUUCGACCCUCCACCCGCAUACCAUGACGUCGUUGACGGAGAGAGGAGCAACGAUGAGAAUGGCAACUGCUCUGGCGGAAGCAUGGAGUUCCCCACUACCAACCUGUAUGAGCUGGAGAGCCGAGUGUUCACCGACCACUGGUCCAUUCCGUACAAGAGAGAGGAGUCGCUGGGCAAAUGCCUCAUCGCAUCCACUUGCCUCGCACGGCACGGCCUCGCCGACGCUGACGAGAACUGCAAGAGGUUCGUCGAACGCUGCAUGCCCGAGGCCUUUAAAAAGUUGCUGACCAGCAGUGCUGUGCACAAGUGGUGCACAGAGAUCCACGAGGGAAUUUACAACAUGCUUAUGUUGUUGGUGGAGCUGGUGGCUGAGCGGGUCAAGCAGGACCCAGUUCCUGUCAACCUAAUGGGUGUCUUGGCAAUGGCCUUCAACCCGGACAACGAGUACCAUUUUAAGAACCGGAUGAAGUCGUGCCAAAGGAACUGGGCCGAAGUGUUUGGAGACGAGGCUAGCAUGUUUGCAGUUUCACCAAGCAACACUUAUCAAAAAGAGCCCCACGGUUGGCUGGUGGAUUUAGUCAAUCAAUUUGGAGAGUUGGGAGGAUUUACCGCCAUCCAGACGAAGCUCAACGCGGAGGAGAUCGAAAUAGCUUGUGUGUCUGCUCUGGUCCAGCCUCUUGGUGUUUGCGCUGAAUACCUCAACUCAAGCCUUGUCCAGCCAAUGCUUGAUCCAGUGAUCCAUAAGAUGAUCACUUAUGUACAGAACCUGGAGGAAAAGGACCUCAAAGACAAGCGUCUGGUGAGCAUCCCCGACCUGCUUUCAGCAAUCAAGCUUCUGUGCAUGAAGUUCCAGCGGGACAUGGUCACGGUGGUAGACGACCUGCGGCUCGACACGCUGCUGCGCAUGCUCAAAACCCCCCAUUUUUCAACUAAAAUGAAUUCUCUCAAAGAGGUGACAAAAUUAAUAGAGGAGAGCACGGUGGCAAAGACUGUGAAGAAUGCCAUUGAUACUGAUAAACUCCUAGACUGGCUUGUAGAAAACUCUGUCCUUUCAAUAGCACUGGAGGGCAAUAUUGACCAGGCACAAUACUGUGAGAGAAUAAAGGGAAUCAUUGAGCUCCUGGGAAGUAAACUCUCCCUCGAUGAACUCUCCAAGAUCUGGAGGAUACAGGCUGGCCAGUCAUCAACUGUGAUUGAAAACAUUCACACAAUCAUCGCCGCUGCAGCAGUAAAGUUCAGCUUCGAUCAGCUCACCCACUUGUUUGUGCUGAUACAGAAGAGCUGGGAAGUGGAGAGCGAUCGCGUCAGGCAGAAGCUGCUGAGUCUGAUAGGGAGGAUCGGGAGGGAGGCCCGCUCAGAAACCACUACUGGCAAGGUGCUGGAGGUGUUGUGGGAGCUGGCGCACCUCCCCUCGUUGCCCACCAGUCUGGUUCAGCAGGCGCUAGAGGAGCACCUGGGAAUUUUGAGCGACGCCUAUGCUGUCAAGGAGACUGUGAAACGCAACUACAUCAUUAAAUGCAUCGAAGACAUCAAAAAGACUCAAGAGGACCAAAAAGGCAGCGACAGUCAAAGUUCUUUUCUCACGGGCUCUUGGGGAAAGAGGAAAUCUGUGUCGGUGAAAGCUUCCCAGCCAAGCACCCCUCAGGCGGUUUGGGUCGUACCUGCCUUGCGUCAGUUGCAUGAGAUCACCCGCUCCUUCAUUAAGCAGACCUACCAAAAACAAGACAAGAGCAUCAUCCAGGAUCUGAAGAAGAACUUUGAGAUUGUCAAACUAAUCACGGGUUCCCUCGUUUGCUGCCAUCGACUUGCGGUGACCGCAGCAGGAAACAGUUGCCUGUCAGGUUCCACCAUGGUAGAUGGAAGAUACACCUACCAGGAGUACCUGGACGGUCACCUGCGUUUCUUAGCCUUCUUCCUCCAGGAGGCUAGCCUGUACCUGGUCUGGAAUAGAGCUAAGGAGAUCUGGGAGUGCCUGGUAUCCGGCCCAGAUGUUUGUGAACUGGACCGUGAGAUGUGUUUUGAGUGGUUCACUAAAGGCCAGCAUGAUCUCGAGAGUGAUGUUCAGCAGCAGCUCUUUAAGGAAAAGAUACUGAAACUGGAGCCCUAUGAGAUCACUAUGAAUGGCUUCAACCUGUUUAAGACCUUCUUUGAGAAUGUCAAUCUCUGUGAUCAUCGACUGAAACGCCAAGGAACUCAGCUGUGUGUGGAACGCAUCGACCUUACAGGGAUGGACUUUAUUUGGCGCAUCGCCAUGGAAACCCCUGAUGAAGAGAUAGCCAAUGAAGCAAUUCAGCUCAUUAUCACAUAUAGCUACACGAACCUCAACCCCAAGAUGAAGAAGGAUUCGGUAUCUUUGCAUAAGAAAUUCAUUGCUGAUUGUUACAAGAGACUAGAGGCAGCCAGUUCAGCCUUAGGCGGGCCUACUUUGACGCACGCUGUUACUCGAGCGACCAAGAUGCUGACAGCCACCGCUAUGCCCACGGUGGCUACAUCCGUACAAUCACCUUCAAGAUCCACCAAGCUGGUCAUAAUAGAAAGACUGCUGCUAUUGGCUGAACGUUACGUCAUCACAAUUGAGGAUAUGUACUCUGUUCCUCGCACUAUUCUACCUCACGGGGCAUCGUUCAAUGGACACCCUGUCACUCUUCACAUCACUUAUGAGUCAACCAAAGAUACAUUCACCUUAGAGACCCACAGUAAUGAGACAAUAGGAAGCAUCCGGUGGAAGAUAUCCGAGCACUUGAGCUGUCCAGUGGAUAACGUCCAGAUCUUUGCCAAUGAUAGUGUGUUGACCAUGAAUCGGGACCAGAAACUGCUGUCCCAGCUGGGCUUUAGCGAUGAGCAGAGCCUCACGGUGAAAAGCUCAGGAACGGGCACGCCCUCGGGAAGCUCUGAGUCGUCCGCCUCCGCCUCCAGUAGUUCCAGUUCAGCAGUCUUCAACUCCGCCUAUGCCCUGGAGCAGGAAAAAUCCCUUCCAGGUGUUGUCAUGGCGCUGGUGUGCAAUGUGUUUGAGAUGCUUUACCAGUUGGCUAAUUUGGAUGAAACCAGGAUCACACUGCGUGUGAGAAAAUUGCUCCUCCUAAUCCCAACAGAUCCCGAGGUGCAAGACGCUCUCGAUAAUUUUGUCCCCAAAGAAUCCAGUGUGUGGAGCCAUCAGAAGACAUUGUUCACCCUUGGCCAAGGGACAGGCUCCCGCUCUCCAUCCAUGGCCUCCAAGCAGCAGCACCAGCCAAGUGCUGCAUCCAUUCUGGAGUCCUUGUUCAGGUCUUCAGCCCCAGGCAUGUCUACAUUUAGAGUCCUCUACAACCUGGAGGUGCUGAGUUCAAAACUAAUGCCCACAUCUGAUGACGAAAUGGCUAAAACCAGCAGCAAGUCCUUCUGUGAUAACUUCCUCAAAGCAGGAGGACUCAGUCUGGUGGUGAAUGUAAUGCAAAGAGACUCCAUCCCAUCAGAAGUGGACUAUGAGACCCGACAAGGCGUCUACUCCAUAUGUCUUCAGUUGGCCAGGUUCCUUCUCGUUGGCCAGAGCAUGCCUGCGGUGCUAGAUGAUGAUGUCAUCCGGGAUGGCGAUGCACUGUCAUCCCGACCUUUCCGCAACGCAGUUCGAACAGGCCGCCAGCUCUCUCUAUGUGCAACACCGGAGAAGGCCUCGUACAGGCAGAUGUCGCUGUCUGAACGCUCAUCCAUAAGAGUGGAGGAGAUUAUACCGGCUGCACGUGUGGCAAUUCAGACUAUGGAGGUGGGUGACUUCACCUCCACCGUCGCAUGUUUCAUGCGACUGACCUGGGCAGCGGCUGCGGGCCGGCUGGAUCUCGUCGGCAGCCCACAGCCCAUCAGAGAGACCCAUGCCUCAUUUCUUUCUCAGGGAGUGCGCACCAGAGUCAGUAGCACAGGAAGUAACUGCAGCUCCAGCAGUGAGGGAGAAACACCAACGGCGCUGCAUGCUGGCAUUUGUGUUCGACAGCAAAGUGUCUCCAUAAAAGAUGCCAUCAUCGCCCGUGAGGCGCUGUCGCUCCUGGUCACCUGCCUGCAGCUACGCUGUCAGCAACUUUCCUCUUUCUACAACCUACCCUCUGUCAAUGAUUUCAUCAUUGAUGUGCUGCUGGGUUCUCCCAGUGGAGAGAUCCGCCGCGUGGCCUGUGACCAGCUAUACACUCUGAGCCAGUCAGACACGUCAGGCUUCGCCGAUGUCCAAAAACCCAACUUGUUUUUGCUCUCUGUCGUCCUCACCGCUCAGCUUCCACUGUGGAGUUCCACGUCGGUCAUGAGGGGAGUCAACCAGAGAUUGCUGUCCCAGUGCACAGAGUACUUUGACUUGCGAUGUCAGCUACUUGAUGAUCUAACAACUUCGGAGAUGGAAGCGUCACAAGUCAUUUCCGCCACCAUGCUAGAGGAUGAAAUCUCUUGGCUGGACAACUUUGAGCCCAGCUGGAGCUCAGAGAUGGAGACCAGCGAGGCGGACAACAUCCUCCUGGCGGGACACCUGCGGCUCAUCAAGACCCUGCUGUCGCUUUGUGGCAAGGAAAAGGAGCAUCUUGGCCCGUCUUUGAUCCAGCAACUGUUGGAUGACUUCUUGUUUCGAGCAUCACGCAUCAUCAUCAACACCUCCAACUCCACCGCCUCGCCCGCCCCCAGCCACGAUUUCUACCCCAAGUGCAGCACUGCAAGCAGCCGUCUGGCGGCCUACGAGGUUUUGGUGAUGCUGGCUGACAGCUCACUAUCCAACCUACGCCUGAUCACCAGAGAGUUGCUCUCCAUGCACCACCAAUCUGACCCGUCGCUUUGUAAAGAGUUCGAUUAUCUUCCCCCUGUAGAGAGCCGCUCAGUUUCAGGUUUUGUGGGCCUGAAGAAUGGAGGCGCCACAUGUUAUAUGAAUGCUGUUUUCCAGCAGCUUUACAUGCAACCAGGCCUACCAGAGGCCUUCCUAUCCAUCGAGGACGACACAGACCAGCCUGAUGAAAGCGUCUUCUACCAGGUUCAGUCUUUGUUUGGUCACCUGAUGGAGAGCAAACUGCAGUACUAUGUACCGGAAAACUUUUGGAAGAUCUUCAAGAUGUGGAACAAAGAGUUGUACGUUCGAGAGCAACAAGACGCUUAUGAAUUCUUUACCAGCCUUGUGGACCAGCUUGACGAGCAUCUCAAAAAAAUGGGCCGUGAGCAAAUCUUCAAGAACACAUUUCAGGGCAUCUUUUCUGACCAGAAGAUUUGUAAAGACUGUCCUCAUCGGUACGAACGUGAAGAGACAUUCAUGGCAUUGAAUCUUGGUGUGACGUCCUGCCAAAGUCUGGAGAUCUCACUGGACCAGUUUGUCCGAGGUGAGGUUCUGGAGGGCAGUAAUGCCUACUACUGCGAGAAAUGCAAGGAAAAGAGGACCACGGUGAAGAGGACUUGCAUCAAAUCCCUGCCUAGCGUUCUCUGCAUUCAUCUCAUGCGUUUUGGCUUUGACUGGGAAAGCGGACGUUCCAUUAAGUAUGACGAACAGAUUCGGUUCCCUUGGGUGCUAAACAUGGAGCCGUACACAGUGUCUGGCAUGGCUCGUCAGGACUGCAGCGGGGAGGGCGGCGAGGGGCGAGGCGACGUUCCGUCCGGAGGCUCACCCAGGAAAAAAGUCACCAUUUCGGAGAACUACGAGCUGGUGGGCGUGGUGGUCCACAGCGGUCAGGCGCAUGCUGGCCACUACUAUUCCUUUAUCAAAGAUAGACGUGGCAGCUCACGUGGACGUUGGUAUAAGUUCAACGACAACAUGGUGGAAGAGUUUGACAUGAACGACGAAACUUUAGAGUACGAGUGCUUCGGAGGAGAGUACAGGCCCAAAGUUUAUGACCAGUCCAACCCUUACCCCGAUGUGAGGAGGAGAUACUGGAAUGCCUACAUGCUGUUUUAUCAAAAAAUAAGUGAGCAAAACUCACCCGUCCUACCCAAAAAAAGUAGGGUCAGCAUCAUGAGGCAAGAAGCAGAGGAUCUCACACUGUCCGCGCCAUCCUCUCCUGACGUCUCGCCACAGUCAUCCCCGCGCCCCCCUAGGGCUAACAACGAUCGCCUCACCCUGCUAACCCGCCUGGUCCGCAAGGGCGAGAAGAAGGGCCUGUUUGUGGAGAAGAUGCCCGCCAGCAUCUACCAGAUGGUGAGGGAUGAGAAUCUCAAGUUCAUGAGGAACAGAGACGUCUACAACAGCGACUACUUCAACUUCACCCUCUCGUUGGCCUCCGUCAAUGCAACUAAAUUAAAGCAUCCAGACUACCAGGCCAUGGCAAAAGAGAGUCUCCAGCUCGCUGUCCAGUUCCUCCUGCAUACCUACCUGCACACCAAAAAGAAGCUCCGUGUGGAUACCGAAGAGUGGAUGGCCACUGUAGAGGUGUUGCUCUCAAAAAGCAGCGCCGCUUGCCAGUGGAUGAUCCAGUACCUGGUUGGACCAGAGGGACGGGAAAUGACCAGGAUAUGUCUGCUGGAGUGUGGCAUGAGAGAAGUGCGCGUGGUGGUGGCGUCCAUCCUGGAGAAGACCCUGGAGAGCGCGCUGCACUUUGCCGACCCGGGUCUGGAUGGCCUGACUGAUGCCCUGCUCUCGCUGUUGGAUAAGGAUGUUCCUGAAAAUGUGAAGAACUGCGCGCAGUACUUCAGCCUCUUCAGUAACUUUUCUCAAAAGGGUUGUGAAGCUUGUCAACUAUUGCUGAAACACUCGGCUUACCGUCGAAUGCUCCUUUUCCUUCUUGGACCCAAUCGCCAAAACAACCAGAAUCGACGGUGGAGUCAAGCCCAAGCUCGGGAAUUUCUCCACCUCCAUAACACGCUAGCACUCAUCACUCUACACUCGGACCUAGACUCCCAGCGAACACACUCUCCGGAAGGGUUCACCCUGCGUGUCAGCAGCAUUCCUUCCUCCACACCACUCCUCCCCCUCCACUCGGACAUCUUGGCGUCUGUUUUCACCCCAGAGGGACAACCCUAUCUUCUUGAGGUGAUGUUCGCGUUGCGCGAGUUGUCGGGCCCCCUGACGCCACUCAUCAGCAUGGUGACGUAUUGUUCCUAUUGCAACGAGCCUUUCUCGCUGGGCGUUCUGCAGCUCCUCAAGACUCAGCUGGAGACGGUGCCGCCUCACGAGUUGAAGAACAUCUUUCACAUGCUGCAGGAGCUUCUUGUGGUGGAGGAUCCUUUGCAGUCACAAAGGCUCAAGUAUGCUUUUGAGUCAGAGAAAGGCCUGCUGGCUUUGAUGCACCAAAGCAACAACGUGGACAGUAGACGCUGCUACCAGUGUGUGAAGUUCUUGGUCACGUUGGCCCAGAAGUGUGCUCCUGCCAAGGAUUACUUCAAGGACCUUUCUGGUCACUGGAGCUGGGCAGUGCAGUGGCUCCAGAAAAAGAUGACAGAGCAUUACUGGACGCCACAGAGUAACGUAUCAAACGAGACGUCCACCAAUAAGAGCUUCCAGCGUACAAUUUCUGCACAGGACACGCUAGCCUACGCCACAGCCUUGCUGAACGAAAAGGAGCAGUCUGGUAGCAGCAAUGGCUCCGACGGAAGCCCCGCCAACGAGAACCCCGAACGCAGCCUACGACAGGGAUCAGAAUCUCCCAUGAUGCUUGGCGAUUCCAAAAGCGACCUGGAGGACGUUGACCCUUAACUUUUUUUGGGGCACGAGUUCCCUCUGGAAGGCACGCGGGCCGAGCGCCACGCGGCCCCGACCUCAUUCGGGCUGCCUAAACUGGCCCGGGGACGUUGGAAGAAAAAACAAAACUCAACAAAGCUAGCCAAUCGCAACAACUUGACGCAGAAGACAGGAAAAACAAAAAUGCCAAAAAAAUGGAGAAACUCUUGAAUCACUUCCAUCAAGAUGAUUUAUAAGGGCAGUUUGAAUUAAAGGGGGAGUGACCAGGUUUCCUCCUUUGGUGAUCGUCUUUUUACAGAGAGGGCAGGGGGCGGGGCAUUUUACCCAAUGUUUUUGUCAUUUUCCCUCACACACCCACACCCAUUCGCCAAUAAGCAUUUGUUGUUGUAAAAUAAUGUUUUAAAGGUCCUGGAGAAAAACUUUGGAUGCAAACACAAGUUUUCACAUACACACAAGCACUUGCUUAGCAAGAGUGAAGGGGAGGCAGGGAUGGGCAUGGGGGAUCUAAGUAUGCACUUUAUUUGCCACGCUCACAGCGCGCUUCCUUGAGCUUCCUUGUGUUUUUUUUUUUUUUAUUUUAUUUUCAUCGCUUGUUUUAACACUUCUUGCUAACAUUUUUUUCCCCCUACUCCGCCUUCCUUAUGCAGGAUAUCAACAGAACGGGACUUAUAAGUUGAUGCCAAUAUCUCACAUACGCGCACUCGUGCUAAUGUGACCUCUGCCAUGGUUUAUUUGCCUUUUUUGUGUGUUUUUUAUGCCAUAUUUAACACACACACACUGCUCAUAAACAAUGUUACCUCUGCUUUUUCGUUUGUUUGUUUUAUGCCUUUUUGUAUCUUUUGUGCCAUACACACGUAAGCUUUGACUCGCACGCCAAUGCUCCUCAACGCUAAUAUUACCUCUACCAAGCUCUUACUUGCUUUUUGUGUCUUUUGUGCUGCCAAAACGCACACUGGUAUGCUCCUAAAUGCUAAAAACAUCCCAGACAUGCUUUUAUUUGCCUUUUUCUGCAGUCAGUUACACACACACACACACACAGGAAGACACGUAGCGUUGACUCAAUUACACACAUUAGUAGCCCAGUUAUCGGGAGUUCCGAAGUGCCUUAAUCUCCCGAUAACUCUCACCAUCGCCGCCAACUCCUACACAUCACACCAUAUGUGACCAUAAUGUAACUGUGUGAGUGUUGACUUGAACAGGUCAAUGUUUGCACGGUGAGGACCUAGGAAGCAGUUUGGAUGGUCAUGUGAUCACAAGCCGCCACCCACUCAACUUCCUGUUAAGAUGCGUGUUUGUGUGUGUUAAAGGGUGACAUAAAGAAAAACAAACCCAGCCCUCUCAAUGCUUUUCUCAUGUGUUCAAAGGAAAAAAAUACAAAAACACUUCUUUUAAUAUCGAAGGGGUGGGGUCAUGGUGUAAGGGGAGGGGC